UCUAGUAAUUUUCUAUUAAUUUUCACGUAAAAUUGAAAGCAUGUCUUUACAAAUCAAUAAUAAAAAUUCGUUUCUUUUUUUUUUUUUAAGAAAUUUUGGUUUAAAUUGCGAAGGGGAAAUAAGCUCUUCUGCUACAUCCAUUGAACAAAGUUCAACAAACAAAAAUGUAGAGUCAGAGCAGUAUAUUUUUAAAGGACUUAGAUCCGAAUUGGAAAAAAGUGUAACAUCACAAACUUCUUCGCAAUCAUCAGCGUUAAAUAGUGUAGCACCACAAACUUCUUCACAAUCAUCAGUCUUCAGACCUUUGUCUCCAUCAAUAGGACAUAUUGAAGAGCAUUCGAAUUCACCAGUCUUAAACAGCGUAGCACCACAAACUUCUUCACAAUCAUCAGUUCGUAGACUAUCUUCAUCUCCAUCUUCAAUAAAACAUAGUGAAGAGCAUUCAGGACAUUCGUUAACUUCGGGUCAUUAUACCAGUACAUCUGAUGCUUGUUCUACAUUAAGUGUCUCCGAUACACGUAAGAAGAAUCUAAGUGGGCUGCAGCGGACAAAAUCAAGAGGAAAAUCACAACCGGAUUUAUUACAAAAUGCAGUUCAUAGAGUUACUUCUUUACUAGAGAACAGGUGCUCUCCAACUUCUUCAACUCUCGAUCCUGAAAUACAAGAAGAUGUGGCUCUUUGCCAACUUAUAUUAUCAUUAUUGAAAAAUAUGCCGCAACCUAAAAGAACAGAAAAAAGAAAGGAAAUAUUACGAAUAAUAUAUGAGUUACGAAUAGUUAUAAACAAGCUCUUAAUUUUUUCAGUUAAGUAACAUUCGCAGAAUCCUUCAAUUAAGCGUCUAUAAUGAGACUUAAGAUUUAAGAAAAUUGACCAAUUAUAGUCGAUUAUCUCACGUGAGAAGAAUAAUCGAUUGUGAUUGGCCAACUUUCUUAAAUCUUAAGUCUUAAAUCUCGUUUUUGACGUCGCUUGUGUAAA